AUGAGAGACUCAUGCAUAUGCGAUAAGGAGGAGCUGAUCAGCAUUGUGGAUGUGGCCAUGACAGAUCCUGCCUCCUGGCUGACAGAGGUGCCAGUCAUCAUUAGCUGCAUCUACAACAACCUGGAGCACAUCAACACAGUGUCAACCCAGCACGCCCUGGACAUGCUGCUUCUAAAGAUGGCACAGCAGAGGCCAGCGGCUGUGAUCCUGAGACUUGUGCAUCUGUCUCCAGCAUGUGACAGUGUUGCUAUGGGCAUGUGGGAAGUGCUGCUGUCCCGGCGUCUUGUCUUGGAGAACGUCCUGAGGGAGCUGAACAUGAGGUUCCACUACCUGAGUCUGCGAUGGAGAUUCAACUCCCGGAGAGUGUACAUGUGCAUCCAGCUCUUGGCUCUGCUGGCCUCCAGCCAUGUGACACCAACCAUGUUUGCUGCGGUGUACAAAAUCCAGAAGCUGAUGCUGCCUCCAAGGCUGUUCUCCCUGCUGCUCCAAGGCCUCGUCACACUGUCACAGUCACCUGACUCGGAGUGCAGCCAGACGCGAGAGCUCUCCAUCUGCCUCUUCAAAGACAUAAUACAGAUGGCGGAUCGGAAGGACAAGCGGCAGAUGAAGAAGAAGGUGCAGAGGAGCCUGGUCCCACUCGUGUUGCACAUGAGUGAUGAGAUCGAGAGCGUGGCCAAGGCCUCUCAGGAAGCCCUCUGGGCAGCUGCGAAGGUGCUCAAAUGCAAAGGGCUAAGUCCCCACGUGGAGACACUGGAGAGAUGGAGAACUGUGGAACUCUUGGUGAGGACAAGUCCCAGGCUGGACACAGGGUGGUCCUCUCACCUCCCCACCCUCAGGUUGUUGCAGGAGGCCCAUUUGGGCCCUGGUGGUGGCACAGGGGGCUCUCAGGAGCUCCAGACCCUGCUCUGCCUGAGGCUGUCUCUGAGCCUCAGCCCCACAGGCCUCCUGGCUGGGAGAUGCAUGUGGCCUGAGGAACAAGGGGAGGUGUGGGGUGCUGGAAGGAGGGAACGGCCCAGGUGACUGGGGAAGCUCUGUGUCAGCCCUGGGCCUUUGUGCUCUUUCCAGCUGGAGCAGGAGCAGAGCAGAGCUGAAGAAUAUGUGUGUCAGAGCCUGCUUUACCUGCAGCACGCUCAGGUCAGCGUGAGACUGGCAGCCGUGAGGUUCAUCGGUAAGCCGCAGCCCCUGGAGUCCCUCUUUUGG